GACACAGGUAAAAAUACCAGGGUUUUCAGUGUUAUUUCCCACGGAGGGUUAUUAGGGCUAUCAGCCCUGAAUCGCAAUUCGACCAGAAUCUGAACCAGCCGUCAUCCGAAAUCAUCGAACAAAGCUCCGGCAACGAUAAUCGAAGAGCUGCUGAGAUAAUGGCAACUGAUAUGAGAGACACUGUGGAGCAAGCAAAACCGCCACCGCAAUUACAAAUAUACCCCACAUCAAGCAGUGGAAUCUCCCCUUUCUGGAGAGAAAAGUAUGAAAGGGAUGCUAGGAAGUAUUGGGAUGUCUUCUACAAACGUCAUCAUGACAGGUUCUUCAAGGAUCGGCACUACUUGGAUAAGGAAUGGGGUCAUUACUUUUCUGGUGCAGAAAGAAAAGUCAUUCUCGAGGUUGGUUGUGGAGCUGGAAACACCAUCUUUCCUUUGAUUGCAACAUACCCCACUAUUUUCAUCCAUGCAUGCGAUUUCUCACCCCGCGCCAUAAACUUGGUUAAGGCACAUAAAGACUUUAUGGAGAGCCAAGUGAAUGUAUUUGUUUGUGAUCUGACAGCUGACGAUCUGAGCAAGCAGAUUUCUCCAUCUUCAGUUGAUAUAGUAACCAUGGUAUUUGUCUUGUCUGCAGUGUCCCCUGAGAAGAUGCCUUUAGCAUUGCAAAAUAUCAGAAAAGUUCUAAAGCCAGAUGGUUAUGUUUUGCUCCGCGACUAUGCCACAGGCGACCUUGCUCAGGAAAGGUUCAGUUGCAAGGAUCAAAAGAUCAGUGAGAACUUUUAUGUCAGAGGUGAUGGCACUCGUGCAUUCUAUUUUUCUGAUGAGUUUUUGAUGAGUUUGUUCACCGAAAAUGGAUUUGACAUUGAAGAACAUAGUUUGUGCUGCAAACAAGUGGAGAACCGGUCAAGGGAGAUAAUAAUGAAUCGGCGUUGGGUCCAAGCCGUAUUCCGGUUACAUGAUGCUAGCUCCUCACGUUGCACAAUACCUGGAAAUGAGCUAGUUCGUGGAAGGGAUUCCAUGCCUCAGCUCAAUAAGAGUCCUUUGGAGGAGCCUGUGUACGAGUCUGAGAUAGACAUAGCGGACAGUGUGGCUGUUGAGAUGUUUGGUAUCUCGAUAUCCAGUGAUGAGAUUAUCGAGGUGAACAUAGGAGAGAGCAUAUUCAAGAUGAAAGUUGUUCCCAAGGAGUUCCAACACACCUGCAAAUCAACUGGCUUGAUGCUAUGGGAAUCCGCCCAGCUAAUGGCAUCCGUCAUCGCUGCGAAUCCAACGAUCGUUGCUGGGAAAAGGGUGUUAGAAUUGGGAUGCGGUUGCGGGGGGAUUUGUUCGAUGGUUGCUGUUGUAUCUGCUGCAGAUCUAGUGGUUGCGACCGAUGGAGAUUCAAAAGCACUCGACCUCUUGACUCAAAAUCUCUCUGCGAAUCUCAGCCCACCAGAUCUUGACCGAAUAAUUACAAAGAGACUAGAGUGGGGGAACAAAGACCAUAUUGAAGGGAUCAAGAAGUUGAAUGAUACAGGUUUUGAGAUGAUUAUAGGCACAGAUGUGACUUACAUUCCUGAAGCAAUCUCCCCUUUGUUUGCAACUGCAAAGGAGCUUAUUUCGCCCGUUGGAGGCGGCAGUGAAGAGUGUGAACCAGCUGUGAUUUUCUGCCAUGUGCUACGUAGAGUUGAUGAGCCGGCUAUUCUGUCCGCUGCAUCUCAAUUUGGUUUCCAGCUUGUUGAUAAGUGGCCUACGGGAGUUCCAACGGGUUCAUCUAAAAGCAUCAUCAGCACUUGGUUUCCAGAAAAUGCCUGCAAUUUUAUACCCACCGCGGCAUUGAAUAUCAUGUACUUUCGACGAGCGAAGACAGCUUUCUAGUUGAGUUAUGUCGCUGCCUUCAGCAAUAAGUUUUUAUUUUUAUUUUUAUUGGCACUCAUAAUUUCCUUUGACGAGUAUAUUUUUUUCUCUACUGCAUCAAAACGUGAUUUCUGAUUGAAAACUUAUAAAAUUGCUAUUGAUCUGCUUAAA